AUGGACCAACAAUUUAGCUUCGCUUACGUCGAGUAUUAUUAAACUCCAAAGUAGUAGAAGCAAAUCUAAAAAGAUUAAGAUGAAUAGGAUGAAAUCAAACAGGAAGUUGACACAUUAGCUAUUUAAGCUGAAAAGAAAAUAAAUUCUAAGUAUUUUGAAUUUUCUGAAGAUGCUUUAGCUGAUAGAAUAUAAGAGUAUGGCUCUUUAAACUAAAUAAAGUUAUUAAAAUUUAAGACCUGUGAUUAGCUUUAGUUUAAUGUUAUUACAGAGAGCUUUAUUAGUUUGAUUAAUAUCUAAAACUUAUAAAUUAACUUUGUAAAUGAAUGGUAUUUAGAAAUCCUAAGUGAGUACACUAGUUCAAAUCACUGGUACUAUGACUUUGAUAGAAUUGAUAGGGUAGAAGAUGAAGAAAGCAAUUUUGCUCAAGAAUUUAAACAUUUAAUCAAUUUAACCCACUUAGAAAUAAAUUUUGAAAAUAUGAUUUUUUCUUAGGUUCUAGGCGAUUUCGCUAAGGUCAUUUAAAAUUAUAAGCAAUUACAGUUUUUGAGCUUGAAAAUUCCCCCUCUCUUUACAUUUAUGGAUCAGACAACAUGUGCAAGAAUAUUAAAAGGCUUAAGUGGGUUGGAUAAUUUAAAAGAAUAUAGAAUAGCAUUUGGUAAUAUUAAUAAGAAUGAUAGUGAAUUCCUUAAAACAAUCGCUGAAACGAUCAUCAACCAAACAAAUUUAGAAAUUUUAAAUAUCUAAUUAAAUACUGAAAUAUCUGAAGAUGUUGCACAUAAAUUUGUAGAAGCUAUCUCUUGA